GUCCUCCAGCCAGAGGCCGGGGAUGGAGAUGCGUGGAGGCUGGCGCCUCGGAGGCUGUCUGGCCCUGCUCUCGCUGCUGCCGUCUCUGGGCCUGGCUCAGUACGAGGGCUGGCCCCACUACCCCGAGUACUUCCAGCAGCCGGCCCCCGAGUACUCCCAGCCCCAGGUGCCGCCAGACGUGGUGAAGAUCCAGCUGCGCCUGGCCGGCCAGAAGCGAAAGCACAGCGAGGGCCGGGUGGAGGUGUACUACAACGGCCAGUGGGGCACCGUGUGUGACGAUGACUUCUCCAUCCACGCGGCCCACGUCGUCUGCCGGGAGCUGGGAUAUGUGGAGGCCAAGGCCUGGACCGCGAGCUCCUCCUACGGCAAGGGGGAAGGGCCCAUCUGGUUGGACAAUAUCUACUGCACGGGCAAGGAGGCCACCCUCGCGGCCUGCUCCUCCAAUGGCUGGGGCGUCACCGACUGCAAGCACACCGAAGACGUGGGUGUGGUGUGCAGUGACAAAAGGAUUCCUGGUUUCAAAUUCGACAAUUCGUUGGUCAACCACAUAGAGAACCUGAACAUCCAGGUGGAGGACAUCCGGAUCCGAGCCAUCCUGUCAGCCUACCGCAAGCGCACCCCUGUGACAGAGGGCUAUGUGGAGGUCAAGGACGGCAAGACCUGGAAGCAGAUCUGUGACAAGCACUGGACAGCCAAGAAUUCCCGAGUGGUCUGCGGCAUGUUUGGCUUCCCUGGGGAGAGGACGUACAACACCAAAGUGUACAAGAUGUUUGCGGCCCGGAAGAAACAGCGCUACUGGCCCUUCUCCAUGGACUGCACAGGCACGGAGGCCCACAUCUCCAGCUGCAAGCUCGGCACUCAGGUGUUGCUGGACCCCGUGAAGAAUGUCACCUGUGAGAAUGGGCUGCCAGCCGUGGUGAGUUGUGUGCCUGGCCAGGUCUUCAGCCCCGACGGGCCCUCGAGAUUCCGGAAAGCCUACAAGCCAGAGGACUGUGUGUCUCUUCAGCAACCCCUGGUGCGGUUGAGAGGUGGUGCCAACAUCGGGGAGGGCCGAGUGGAGGUGCUCAAGAACGGAGAAUGGGGUACCGUCUGUGACGACAAGUGGGACCUGGUGUCUGCCAGCGUUGUCUGCAGAGAGCUGGGCUUUGGGAGUGCCAGAGAAGCCAUCACUGGCUCCCAGCUGGGGCAAGGGAUAGGACCCAUCCACCUCAAUGAAAUCGAGUGCACCGGGAAUGAGAAGUCCAUUAUAGACUGCAAAUUCAAUGCCGAGUCUCUGGGCUGCAACCACGAGGAAGAUGCUGGCGUGAGAUGUAACAUCCCUGCCAUGGGCUUCCAGAAGAAGCUGCGCCUGAAUGGGGGCCGGAACCCCUACGAGGGCCGGGUGGAGGUGCUGGUGGAGAGGAACGGGUCCCUCGUAUGGGGGACGGUGUGUGGCGAGAACUGGGGCAUUGUGGAGGCCAUGGUGGUCUGCCGGCAGCUGGGCCUGGGGUUUGCCAGCAACGCCUUCCAGGAGACCUGGUAUUGGCACGGAAAUGUCUACGCCAACAAGGUGGUCAUGAGCGGGGUGAAGUGCUCGGGAACGGAGCUGUCCCUGGCCCACUGCCGCCACAACGAGGACGUGGCCUGCCCCCAGGGUGCAGUGCAGUACGGGGCCGGAGUCGCCUGCUCAGAAACUGCCCCUGACCUGGUCCUCAAUGCGGAGAUUGUCCAGCAGAGCACCUACCUGGAGGACCGUCCCAUGUUCAUGCUCCAGUGUGCCAUGGAGGAGAACUGCCUCUCAGCCUCGGCCGCCCAGACCAACCCCACCACAGGCUACCGACGCCUUCUGCGCUUCUCCUCCCAGAUCCACAACAACGGGCAGUCUGACUUCCGACCCAAGAAUGGCCGCCAUGCGUGGAUCUGGCAUGAUUGCCACAGGCACUACCACAGCAUGGAAGUGUUCACCCACUAUGACCUCCUGAACCUCAACGGUACCAAGGUGGCCGAGGGCCACAAAGCCAGCUUCUGCUUGGAGGACACAGAAUGUGAAGGAGACAUCCAGAAGAACUACGAGUGUGCCAACUUUGGUGAGCAGGGCAUCACCAUGGGCUGCUGGGACAUGUAUCGCCAUGACAUCGACUGCCAGUGGGUCGACAUCACCGACGUUCCCCCUGGAGACUACCUGUUCCAGGUCGUCAUUAACCCCAACUACGAGGUUGCGGAGUCUGACUACAGCAACAACAUCAUGAAGUGCAGGACCCGUUAUGACGGCCACCGCAUCUGGAUGUACAACUGCCACAUAGGUGGUUCCUUCAGUGAAGAGACGGAAAAAAAGUUUGAACACUUCAGUGGACUCAUUAAUAACCAGCUCUCCACACGGUAAAGCACGAGGUCACCUCCUGUCUUCGGGCCGCAGCGCAUCUUCCCCGACAACUGCAGUCUGACGGAUGGCCACCCUCCCCCCUCGUCCAGCCCAGCCCCUGCCCUGUCCCGACCCCCGGCGGCCACGUCCAAGGCUCAGGGGGAUGCAGUGUGCCUGUCAUCUGCUG